UGUAGAAUUAGACCUUCGCUGCUCCUGUUUUUGUUACACACGAUGCCGACUAGACUGCUCCUACUUCUCUGUCUGUCUGGACACGUAUUUACAAAAGAACCACCUGAAGUGGACUGUUGGGUGAUUCAUCUGAAACAUGUCAACUGUUCCUGGAAUAAGCAAGGGACCCCAGAUGUCAAUUACACCUUCUACAGUUGGUUCAAGAGUGACAAAGAAAAGAACUGCACCACCUAUGUGUCCGAGAACAGCACAAACACUGGAUGUAUCCAACCCUACGACGAGCUGUUAACCAGAAGGUUCCACACGUUCCAGACCAGACUGUCACAUGGCAACAAGACUUUCGAGAAGGAGCAUGAUCUGAAACAAAAAGUGCUGUUAUAUGCACCAAUCAACCUGACUGUCAAGAAUGACUCGGACUCGAACCUGUGGUUUUACUGGAACCAGACUGAUGCGCAUUGUGUGGCGAGUGAAGUUCGCUUCAGGGUCAACGACAAGACUUGGGAGACUUCUCUGGUCAGUAUUGGGACUCAGAAAUACUGCAUCAAUCUGCCUUCCAGCAGUUCCAGGUAUGAGCUGCAGGUGAAGAGCAGAAUGGGGAUAGACUGCGGAGAGUCAUUUAACUGGAGUAGCUGGAGUGAGCCUGCUGUCUGGGGAUCCAACAACAGCACAGACACCAAUGUGUCUGUGUCUGCGUGGACCCCACUGCUUUAUGUGGUCGCUGCUGUUAUUCUCAUCCUGUUCGUCAUGAUGAUCCUGCCCAAUGAAAGGCUCCGAAUCAUCCCAAUCCCUGUAGUUCUAAAGCCAUCCCUGCCCCUUUAUGACAUUGAGGAUUGGCUUCAGUUCUCCAAAGGCAUGAAGGGGAAUUUGAGCUACAACGAGCAGGCCUGUCCUGUCCGGGAGUACUGCCACGUCUCUGAGUCCGACAGCGACAGCUCUGAUGGCUCCACCUGCUCCGUCACCACCGACCAAACCGAUUGCUCCGUCUCCAUCGCUGUGAACAAUGCAGACGACAUUUCCACCUCCGCAGGUCUUCUCUCCUCUCAGGAGGAGGAGCAGGUCUCGGUAAGUAGACCUACGCUGAUCCUGUUUCACACAAUGCCGACUAGACUGCUCCUACUUCUGUUUCUGUCUGGACACGUAUUUUCCAAAGAACCACCAGAUGUGGACUGUUGGGUGAUUCAUCUGAAACAUAUCAACUGUUCCUGGAAUAAACAAGGGACCCCAGAUGUCAAUUACACCUUCUACAGCUGGUUCCAGAGUGACGGAAAGAACUGCACCACCUAUGUGUCCGAGAACAGCACGAACACUGGAUGUAUCCAACCCUACGACGAGCUGAUAACCAGAAGGUUCCACACGUUUCAAACCAGACUGUCACACGGCAACACGACUUUCGUGAAGACGCAUCAACUGAAACAAAAAGUGCUGUUAUAUGCACCAAUCAACCUGACUGUCAAGAAUGGCUCGGACUCGAACCUGUGGUUUUACUGGAACCAGACUGCUGCGCAUUGUGUGGCGAGUGAAGUUCGCUUCAGGGUCAACGACAAGACUUGGGAGACUUCUCUGGUCAGUAUUGGGACUCAGAAAUACUGCAUCAAUCUGCCUUCCAGCAGUUCUAGGUAUGAGCUGCAGGUGAAGAGCAGAAUGGGGAAAGACUGCGGAGAGUCAUUUAACUGGAGUAGCUGGAGUGAGCCUGCUGUCUGGGGAUCCAACAACAGCACAGACACCAAUGUGUCUGUGUCUGUGUGGACUCCACUGCUUUAUGUGGUCGCUGCUGUUAUUCUCAUCCUGUUUGUCAUGAUGAUCCUGCCCAAUGAAAGGCUCCGAAUCAUCCCAAUCCCUGUAGUUCCAAAGCCAUCCCUGCUCCUUAUCGACAUUGAGGAUUGGCGUCAAUUCUCCAAAGGCAUGAAGGGGAAUUCGAGCUACAACGAGCAGGCCUGUCCUGUCCGGGAGUACUGCCACGUCUCUGAGUCCGACAGCGACAGCUCUGAUGGCUCCACCUGCUCCGUCACCACCGACCAAACUGAUUGCUCCGUCUCCAUCGCUGUGAACAAUGCAGACGACAUUUCCACCUCCGCAGGUCUUCUCUCCUCUCAGGAGGAGGAGCAGGUCUCGGUGUAGAAGGCCUCUCAGUCAGGGUUUGUCGUGACUUUUCUAUCAGGAAAAAUAAUACAUGAUGUAUGCUCUUUAAAUUAUCUUUGUCAGAUGAUAUCAUAGUAUAUUGAGACAUUUAAAGGCAAACAAUUAAAUCAAAAUUAUUAGUGUGUAGGCUUGCUAACCACAAGAGGCCAAAACCCAGCUUCACUUUUUUUUAAUGUAACUUUGCCAGGAGAGGAAUUGGUCUUAAAAAGAAGCUGAAAGAAAAGUACUAAAGAUUAAAAAUCUAUAUAAUCAAAGCAGGACUUCAUUCUUCGCGACACUUAUCGUUUAAUAACAUGGUAAAACCAAUGAACUCUAUUUUUUCUUUAUAUGCAUCUUUGAAGUUAGAUAAUCUGUGGAUGUUUCAUGAUAGAUUCAGUGAAAUAUAUGUACACUUUUCAUAUUUUUAACAUUUGUAAGUCAAUGGAACAAAAUGUAUACCCGGGUAUCUCUGCUGUGUUCGAAAUAUGUUAUCUGCUCUAUACACUCUGUCACCCAGUAUUAAAUAUUUUGGAUCUUAUUUUUGAUAUUAUUCCAGUGGUUGACUGAAUGUUCAUUUCAGUCUAUGAGAGAAUGUUCAAGAUACAUUUCUGUUUGCUUUGUAACAUAUAGUUUUAGUUUUCAUGCAGUUGACAAAAUAUAUUAUCCAAAAUAUAUCUUUUACAAAAUACCCUAUAGGCAAUGUAGAUUACGUAUGUUAUUUACUAUGAGCAAAAAUCAGAUAAAUUAUAGAAAAUAGAUGAGAUAAACACAAAAAAACAAAAUUUUCUGUUAACUCACUUAUUACAUAUUACUGAAGUCUAAUAAGGCACCCGAGAAAUGUUUUUUGAGGAAACGUAUCAACUCUUUGAGAUAAUUGUCGGAAAUAAUUCACACAUAGAACUUUGAUAUUGGCAAAUCUAUCAAAUCAGUUUGGCUGCUGUCCCAAACAUUACACUUGUUUAGUCUUUUUAGUCUCAUAGAAAAUUAUCUAUGCUGUAAAUGCUUAUUAACAUCACAUACAAUUUGAUUGAUUGUUAACUAUUGUGCCUUAAUAAGAUGUGUAAACCCCAUGAUGAAAGUGACAAAACAUCGCAAUAUCCAAAGGCUCAUGUUAAAAUCAGACAGCAUCAUUUUCUUAACAUAAUAUACCUUAUAACUUUGAAUGUUACUUAUUUUAAUAUCUUUAAAUCUACUUCAUAAAAAUAGGCUGGACCUUGUUGUUGGAACCUAUUGUAUUUUUAAUGUUCAUUUAUGAUGUGACUUACCGAUGUUUGGGUACUGUUAAGUUUUCAGGCCAAUUUGGUCUUAAUUAGUUAAGUGAGCCUAUAUAAACAGUGAAUCGUCAUGAUUGACAGCUGAGACUGAAGUCGCGAUUGGUCGAGCCAUGUUUUGAAAUCUUUGAAUGUACUUUUUUUUAAUUUUCGUUGUUGGAGCCUCUUUAUAUUGUUAUCGUUUAUUUACAGUGGGACUUAGCUGUAAACUCCCACAUGAAUCGUUUUGCUUCUACUGGUUGAACGUUGUUGUUUGAGCCUCUUUGUAUUGUUAUCGUUUAUUUACUUAGCUGUAAACUCCCACUUGUAUCUGUUGUUCUUUCUAAAUAAAUAUGACGUGAUAACAA